AUGGAGCCGGAGGAGCCGGGAGAGGCGGCGUGGGGGCGGCGAGGGGGGGACGGGCUGGGCGGGCGAGGGCUGCUGGAGCUGGCGGUGGCCAGCGGGGUGGCCGCUUGGGCUACCUGGGCCGUCUUCUUGAUGCCCGGCUUCCGCCGGGUCCCCCUGCGGCUCCAGGUGCCCUACCAGCCCUCCGGCCCCCAGCAAGUGGCGAACGCCCUGGCCCUGCUGCGGGGCCGCUCGGGGAAGACGGUGGAUUUGGGAUCGGGAGAUGGACGGCUUGUGGUAGAGGCUUAUAAGCAAGGUCUCAGACCAGCCGUUGGCUAUGAGCUCAAUCCCUGGCUCCUGUGUCUCUCCAACUACCGGGCCUGGAAGGCUGGGUACCACGGGAAGGUUUCCUUCCUGAAGAAAGAUCUGUGGAAGGUGAAUCUUUCGGAUUGCAACAACGUGAUCGUGUUCCUGGCCCCCAGCGUGAAACCUCCCCUAGCCACCAAGCUCCUUGCAGAACUUCCCGACGAAGCCCGGGUGGUGGCUGGACGCUUCCCCUUCCCUUCCUGGACCCCCACCAGCAGCCUUGGGCAGGGGCUAGAGCAAGUCUGGGCCUAUGACAUGAAGGAGGUGCGGCGAGCAGCGCAGAGCGGCGCAGAGGGAAGCCCAGUCUAACAGCAGCCUCGUUAAGCCUGGCAUUAAGAGUCAGAGCCUCUCCAGCCCUUGGGCUCAGCUCAGGACAGCAGCGAGAGGGCUGCUUGGCCAGGCUUUUUCCCGGGGACUUGCAGGGUGGUAGUCCCUCGGUUUUCCAAAGAGUGGGCAGUUUCAGGGAAGCAAGGGAGGGGAAAAUCAGACCUAGAAAUCCUGGAAUUAUCGCAGGAUUUAAGGGCUGAAUCUCCGGUGCCUCUUUCUGUACAUUUGCUACUUUAUUUCUAGUUAAUUUUUCAAAAUAAACAUUUGGUCCGUUCUUCCCUUGA